AUGGACUACGUCUCCCAGAAGCCCCUGCGGCGUGGGCGCAAUCAAGGAGGGAGACUUGAAGGUGUGGCUACACCUGCCCGAGGCCACCACUUAGGUGGAGUCCAGCCGAGACCUGGAGCAGCAUGUUUCUUUCCUAGCUGUAUGUAGGGUUAUGUUUGUAUAUGAUUCUAAUUUAUUCCCCACCCCAUCCUCCACACUCUUUCCAAAGUGAAACUCCAAGGACUCUCCACUCCAGAAGCCAACAUUUGCACACACUCAUUACAGGCCGGGCACCGUGCUGGGCACUCUGCCCUUAAUCACCCCUUUUGAUCCUCACCUUAACUGAGGGUGGGGGGCAGGGAAGACUCUCAACCAUAUCAGGGUGCCCGGAGAGGCCACGGGCGGGGGGCCCAGCCAGAGCCUCCUGGAGGGAGGGCAGAGGUGGGCUCAGCACCGAGUCCCUCACCGUCUGGGCCUCCAUGCUUCCAAAGGGGUUCCCUGAAUGUGGCGUGGCCCCUGCAGCAAAGCCCUGGUGAAUCACCCUUCACUUUCUGUCUCCUGUCCCGAAAUCCUGUCGCCUGGGAAGAGGAGGAUGUGUGGGUCCCCUGGGGUAAGGAAGCUGUUGGCUCUCCAUUCCCAGGCCUGGCUUGCAGGACACCAUCCAGCCCUUUAUUGUGUCUUGCUUAAUUCAGGACUCACCUCCCGAGGGCUUGAGUUCCCCUGCUCUGCGGCAAGCCAGUCACCCAGUACUCUUUCCAGAGGUUUCUCCCAAGUUGCAGCUAUCCUGGCCACGUCACAUUCCACCCUGGAGUAAAGGCUAAAAUUCGCAAAGCUGGUCUCUUUGCAAGUCCAGCAGAAAUGAAAACACAUGCCCCUGCCGUUCUAUUCUCAGCAUUUUAGGGGCAUGUUUACACUUCCUUGUAUACUUACUAAACACCAGCAAAGUCGUGCUGGACAGAUACCCUGGGUAGUGCAAGAAUGUGAGGAAGGCUGCAGUUGCCACCCACAUGGCACACCUGAGAGCUCAUUCCAGAGAGCAGUGCGGUGGGGCAAGCGGAAGAGGCCAUUCAGGAGACCUGGAAGUCUCCCCACCCCUGCGGCUAGUGGAGCACCUCAGGCAAAAGUGGAACUUGGGUUUUUUCUUUUUACCAUCCACACAAUUCAUCCUGAGGAGAAACCCAGCUAAAGUGGUAUCGCCAAGGACAGCUCAGCCUUUUACAGACAACCAGGACAUUUAUUCUGAAGAGUUCUGUUGUUGAGAACUCAAUCCUUGGUGGACACGAGGGGGCUGAUGAGGGAGGCAAACUCCCAGUGUGGUCAGUGUGUCAUGGAUGAUGCACACCCAUCAGUCGUCUUGAUAGACCUAAAAACAUUAAAACCAAAGAGAAACCCGGUUGAUACGCAAGUGUAAUAACAGUUUCCAUCAAGCCUGAACACAAGGGGAGUCUUUCUGGAGAGAGCCUAGGAAUGUGACCAGGUGGGCUCAGCUCCACUGCAGUGACAACGCUAAUGCCCUACCGACUGAAAACACUAAAACUAACCCCCCACUUCCACCACACAUUGUGGGUUGGCAAGGGCAACACUCACCCCCACUCACUCACCAGGGCCCCUGACAACAGAGCAGCCACUAUGUCAAACACGGCUGGCUGCUAGUGUGGUUGGCAGGUGGUCCCUCUCUAUGCGGACCGCUGUGCAAGUCUGCUUGAGUGUCCCAAUGACACAGCAGUUGACUUUCCCCAGAGCGAGUGAGUUGAGUCCAGGUCGCUCACUGUCACUCAUGCCAUAUAAUAUUCGUGCCACAGACCAUCCCUGAUUCAAUGCAGAGAAGAAUAUGCAAGCAAGGGUGUGGAAGCUAGGAGAUGAGGGUCAUUAGCAGCUGUCUUGAAGGCUGGUUACGACACUGAGUGAGAAGCAUGUGGAAAAGCUUCUGCUGGUGGUCCAACUUCAUCAAGCACCAGACAGUCCAUAUGGGCAAGGAGGGCUGUGAGCCCAGUCAAAACCCCUCUCUCUCUAGCUUCCUGCUGGGGAGAACCCUUGUGGAUGUAGGGGGCAUAAGGAGGCUCAGUGAACCCCAAACAGCAUAAUCAUAAAGAAGUCCAUGCCCAGACACAUCAUAAGCAAAGCUGAAAACUAAAAUUUAAAUUUUUUGAAAGCAGCUUGAGAAAAACUAUGCCUCACAUAAAGAUUGAUACAAAAGACCAUAGAUAUCUUAUCAGAUAUCAUGAAGGCCAGAAGGCAGGGAAACAACAUUUUUAAAGUGUUGAAGAGGGCUUCCCUGGUGGCGCAGUGGUUGAGAGUCCGCCUGCCGAUGCAGGGGACGCGGGUUCGUGCCCCGGUCCGGGAAGAUCCCACAUGCCGCGGAGCGGGUGGGCCCGUGAGCCAUGGCCGCUGGGCCUGCGCGUCCGGAGCCUGUCGCUCCGCAACGGGAGAGGCCACAACAGUGAGAGGUCCGCGUACCGAAGGGGGGGAAAAAAGUGCUGAAGAAAAGAACUGUCAGUCCAAAUUCAAUAUACAAUGAAAAUACACUUCAAGAAAGAAAGCAAAAUAGGGACUACCCUGGUGGCGCAGUGGUUAAGACUAUGCGCUCCCAAUGCAGGGCACCUGCAGAUCCCUGGUCAGGGAACUAGAUCCCACAUGCAUGCUGCAACUAAGAGUUGGCAUGCCACCACUAAGGAGCCCACGUGUUGCAACUAAGGAGGCUGCGUGCUGCAACUAAGACCCAGUGCAACCAAAUAAGUAAAUAAAAAAUAUAUUUCAAAAAAAAGAAUGAAAACAAAGACAUCCUCAAAUGAAGCAAAACUAAGACAAUUUGUUGCAAGCACACCUGUUCUAAAAGCAAUGCUAAAUAGGGAGUUUAGCAUUUGUCAGAAGGGAAAUGAUAGCAGAAGGAAAAUCUGAACCUUGGGAAUGAAGGAAGAGUAACAGAUUGCGUAUGUUCGAUCUUUAAUAUAUGUAUGAUUGUUGAAAGAAAAAUUUAUAACAUUGUCUGGCAGAGUUUCCUUGACAAUGAAAUGUCAUUUAUACCACAGGGUUUUAAUGUGGUAUAAAUGACAACUGCAGCAUAAAGAGAGGAGGGUAUCAAAAUUCAUUCAGUGAUAUAUUUGACAUUUGAACAUUUUACUCUAUAUAAAUAUCUCAAAGAAAACCAUUAGAGUACCAAAUUAAAAAAAAAUUUGAAGAGCAGAGGGUAAAGAGGCUUAUAUAGUGCUAAAGUUUCUACAUCCACUUUAAGUGGUAAAAUAUUAACUCUUAAGUACACUGUGAAGAGUUAUGAAUACUGUAAUCCCUGGAUAAACCCCUAAAAAAAGACCAUAAAAAGAGAUGAUCAAAAGCUCAGUAGAUGAACUGAAAUGGAACCCGAGAAAGAAAGAACCCAAAAGAAGGUAGGAAAGGGGAAACAGACGGACAACAGAAAGAACAAACAGAAAAGAAAAAGGUGGACCAAAACCCAAGCAUAUCCAUUGUUACAUGUAAAUGGUCUAAUAUACCAAGUAAAAGAAUUUGCCAGAAUGAAUAUUUUAAAAAGAAAAUAAGAAACCACCCUUAAAUAUAAUAUAGGUAAGCUUAAAUAAAAGAGUGGGAAAAGGUAUAUAAUAUGAAAACUCCGUCAAAGAAUGCUGCAGUGACUAUAUUAAUAUCAAACCAAGUAGACUUCAGAACAAGGAAAAUUAUCGGGAAUAAAGAGAGAAAUUAUACAGUGAUAGAGGGCCAAUUCACCAAGAAGACAUAAUUCCAAAUAUGUAUGCAUCUAACAACAAAGCCUUAAAAUACAGGAAACAAAAACUGAUAGAGCUGAAAGAAAAUAAUAGACAAAUUCACAAUAAUACUUGGAGACGUCAACACCCUUCUCUCUAGAAUCAACAAAACAAGAAGACAGAAAAUUAGUAAGGUUACAAAAGAACUGAACAACAUCAUCAACCAACUGGAUGUAAUGGAUGAACUUGCCAAUAGUCGAUUUUUUAAUCCACAAAGAAGUAAUUUCCCAUGAUUUAAAGUAACACAGGGCUUCCCUGGUGGCGCAGUGGUUAGGAAUCCGCCUGCCAAUGCAGGUGACACAGGUUUGAGCCCUGGUCUGAGAGGAUCCCACAUGCCGUGGAGCAACUAAGCCCUUGGGCCACAACUACUGAGUUUGCACUCUAAAGCCCGUGAGCCACAACUACUGAGCCCAGGUGCCACAAAUACUGAAGCCCAUGUACUUAAGAGCCUGUGCUCUGCAACAAGCGAAGCCACUGCAAUGAGAAGCCCGUGAACUGCAACAGAGAGUAGCUCCCACUCACCGCAACUAGAGAGGGCCCACACGUAGCAAUGAAGACCCAACACAGCCAAAAAUUAAAAAAUAAGUAAAGGGCUUCCCUGGUGGCGCAGUGGUUGGGAGUCCGCCUGCCGAUUAAAAAUGGAUAAUGCAAUAAAUGACAAAGGCAGCUCAGAAAACUGUCCACAACCUGAGCACAGGGACAGGACCAGGGUGGAAGCACAGGUCUGAACUGAAUGGCCUGGGUGCAAAUGUGUCUCCAAAUCCAUGGUGGGUCACACAUUGCGGAAUUAACCAGCGAGGGAGAAGGAACCACAGCUCCAGGCAAGAGCCAGGAUGCGCCUGCAGGAGGCCUGCAUGAUGCAAAGUGUAGAAAAUCCAGACACAGGCGAAUCCCACCUUGGCCGGCACACCUCCAAUACUGCAUGUCGGGUGGGCCCACGUGGGGCUUGGGGUUGCCCGGGGCCCUGCCCACUGCCUUCACCUGCCCCAGGGUGAGUGGGGAUCCCAGUACUGCUCAGCUGUUGGGGGGAGGAGAUGAGAGGCCUUGCAGAGGGGAAUGUGCCAGAAGGACAGGCCCCCACCUGCCUCAUUUCCUUCACGCCUAACAUGGAACUGAUAGUAACACCACCUACAGCCCAAGUCCAUGCGCAGAAUGCUGUGAACCACAACAUUAUUGAUUGUUGCUAUAGCUAAGACUCCUGAGGCCACAUCUGCCCUUUGUCCUGACCCCCUGGAGCCCCGCUUUCCUGGAAAUACGAAUGAGCUGCGAGGUCUCGCCCUGAACCCAGUGACCGAGGAGGCCAAAUGUGAGUGGGCCGGGCCUGGGCAUGGUGGGCACUGUGGGAUGAACCCCUGCCUGGGCCCCCAGAUCUGACACCCAUCCCCACACAGACUUCGACACAAGGCCAACCCUGUGGGCAGAGGCCGAAUCGCUGCUGGAACCCUGGGCCAACGUGACGCUGACAUGCCAGAGCCCCUUGUGGACCCUGGAGUUCCAGCUCUUCAAGGAUGGAGUGGCCCAGGGACUGGUGCACCUGGAUUCACCUGCCACUGAGUACAGAUUCCCGCUGGGAGCAGUGACCGGUGACACCCGGGGCCUCUACCGCUGCCACUACAGCAUGGACAGUGGGAGGAGCAGCCUGAGCAACCUCGUGGAGGUGACUGGAGCAGAGCCCCUGCCCCCACCCUUGCUCUCAACCAAACCCGUGCCCUGGAUCACACCGGGCCUGAACACGAGACUGCUGUGCCUCGGGGGACUUCGCGGUGUGACCUUCCUGCUGAGGCGGGAAGGUGAUGACAAGUUUCUGGAGGUGGCUGAGGCCCCAAAGGACAGGCAGGCCACCUUCCCAGUCCACCGGGCUGGCAUCUACAGCUGCAGCUACCGGACCCACGCAUCAGGCGCCCCCUCGGAGCCCAGUGCCACUGUGACCAUAGAGGAGCUGGCCACGCCGCCGCCACCCACGCUGACUCUGAAUGGCGGGUUUGCCGGGCUCCUACGCCCCGGCUCGAGCGCGACUCUCACCUGCGUGGCGCCCCUGAGCGGGGUGCAGUUCCAGCUGCGGCGGGGCGAGGACGUGCUGCAGGUACCCAUGGCCAGUACCAGCCCAGACCGCCUCUUCUUCCAGCUGAACACGCUGGCCCCAGGAGACGGCGGUGUCUACACGUGCCGCUACCGGCUGCCAGAGGAGCUAGCGCUCUGGUCCUUGGACAGCGCGCCCGCCGAGCUGGUGCUGAGCGAUGGGACGCUCCCGGCGCCGGAGCUGUCGGCCGAGCCCGCGACUCUGAGUCCCGAGCCGGGGACGCUGGUGCAGCUGCGGUGCCGGGCCCCCCGCGCCGGCGUGCGCUUCUCCCUGGUGCGCGAGGGCGCGGGCCAGCGCCGGGUGCACGGUCUCUUGAGCCCCGCGGGGACGGAGGCCCACUUUGAGCUGCGCGACGUCUCGGCGGUCGACUCGGCCAACUACAGCUGCGUCUACACAGACACGGCGCCGCCCUUCGCGGGCUCCGCGCCCAGCGCGCCCGUGGAGCUGCGCGUGGACGGACCCCUGCCCAAGCCGCGGCUCCGGGCCCUGUGGACGGGGGCCGUGACUCCGGGCCGCGAUGCUGUCCUACGCUGCGAGGGCCACGUGCCCGACGUCUCCUUCCUGCUGCUACGGUCCGGCGAAGAGGAGCCCUCGGCGGUGGCCUGGACCACCGACCCCUCCGCGGACCUCGUGCUGACCUACGUGGGGCCCCAACACGCCGGCAACUACAGCUGCGGCUACCGCUCCAACUGGCCCCACUCCCUGCUGUCCCAGCUCAGCGACCCGGUGGAGCUCCAGGUGGCAGGUGGAGCUCGGUUCCGUGGGCACAUCGAGGCUCCCGGCCUUUGCCCGGAUUCUACCCUCCUACAGGGGUGCCCUUUCCCGCACCUCCUCCCAGCACUAACACUGGCCUAGUCUGCUGGGUGCGUGGGGGGGAAUUGCAGGCAGGGAACCACAUAGGCAAAGGCCCUAAAGCAGAGAGUGGCCUGGCCAGCUGGAGCACCUGUAGGGAGGCCCAGGUGUGUGUGUGUGGUGGGGGGGGUCUUAGCUGGCAGCUGACCA